AUGCAGCAAGCUAUCGACGUGAAGUUCGAGGAUGGAUCGAAGUAUCAUGGCAUGUGGAAGGAUGGUUUCUUUCAUGGACUUGGUGUGCUUGAUCUCAUGCCUUCCUCGAGGUCGUUAAAAUAUGCUGGUGAGUUUCAUUAUGGAUACCAGAGCGGGUUGGGCUUCUUAGAGGAGGAGCAGCGUUUGUAUGGAGGAAUGUUCAAGGAUGGAGAAAAGAACGGUUUCGGGGUUGAGGAGGCAGUCCAAGGUGAAAAAGAGACAUACAUGGGAGAGUUCAAGGAGGGUCUGCGACAUGGUAUCGGAAUAAUCAGAAAACCUGCUUACUCCCGCCGAUCGAAGAAGAUGAGAACAAUGUAUGGACGAUGGGAAAAGGGAGUCCAGAUAGAGGAGGAGGAGGAGCUGGUAAGGUCAAGUGUGGGGGGUCUUCAUCAAGUGUUGACGGAACUCAACAUUAAACUGUUGGAAACAAUCUCGCAAGUGGCGCAAGACCAGAAGCGAUUUGUGGAGACUUUGUUCUGCAGCGGGACGUCUCUUCCCCAGGUGAAGGAAGGUCACGCUCUUGACCCCGCCAGUCAUCCGAGCCGGAGCAGCACACCUACUUACAUACUGGCCCAGCUGAAGAGAGCCGAGGCAGAGCUGAAGCUUGAGCGGGACACCAACAUAAAACUCUCAGAGGAUAUACAGGUAGCACACAGGCAGAUCUCAGCACAGAAGGCUUUGUUGGAGAAACAAGGAGAAGAGCUGCAGGCGAAGGAGGCGAACUGCUCGGAAAUCAAGUUGGCAAUGAAGAAACUCAAGGAGGACUAUGAGCUUCGCAUGAAAGCGGAGGUUGAGCAGGUGCACAUCCAUCUCAAGCGGGAGAAGGAGGAAAAAUCGAAGGAGAUUGCAGAGAUGAAGAAGGAGAUGGAGAGCAUUAUUACGAAUCUGCGAACAGAUGUGGAGAUUCUGAGACGGAGAGAGAAAGAGUAUGAGAGAGAAGCCAGCAAGAAGGAGGAAGACACGAAGCUCGCCUUCACUUUCCAAUCCCUCGAUUUUGACUCUGAUUCUUUUCAAUCCGUUCCGACCUCUCCAGAUCUUCGAGGACCAAGAAUGCAAGGUUUCCUCCAACCCAGUCUUUCCUAUGGGAUCCACAAUUUUCGAUUUAAUAUCGGCAAGCUCGACAGCGUUAUCGAUGGCUACGUCGGCCUGACUUCAUCCGAUGGGAACUCCGUAAAGCCCCACAUCCCUUCUGCUACCUUUGCUCUCUUCACUGACAAUCGACCUGCUCAACGCCCCCAACUCUAUCCUUUCUCCGUGACCGAUAAUAUAAUGCUGACAAUCUUUCAGGCGGCUUUUGCAUUGCGAUCUGAUGAUUUGCAUUUGGGCAAGGGGACGUUUUCUUCCACAGAAGCAGACGAGGAUACGCAAAGACUGUCUGACGGCCAAGAUAUCAUUCUCCAUGUGAACGCUGAUGAAAGUCUGAUCGCUUUGUUUGCCUUCGGCUCUCCUGCGCUUGAACUCUCUCGCCUACCAGUUGGUCAUCUUCGCAAGCCAUGGUCCAUCAGUGCCGUCUGCAUUGGCAAGGAGUCGAGGAUCAGCAUAGUAGAGAAACUGGAACCUUCAUCAGCUCACGUCCAGCACGAUCAAGCAAGAUACGAGGCAUGGGCACAGAAGCGCAACACUCAACUCUGCAGGUCUUCUCCUCAGGUACUGCAGAGACUGAAUAUGGUUCAGCUCGACGUUGCAGACCUCGAAGAGCUGGAAGAAUUGGCAACAGCCUACAAAACUGGCUUGAGCAGGCAAGCUCCUUCUCCCCACCAUCUGCGCAUUACUUUUCCUGAUCCCUUCUUGUCACAUUCAGGACUCGAGCAGCUAUCAUAUCGCGGCUGA